UUUUUUUUUUUCUACUGCAGUGAUUUAUAUGACAGCGUAGAUAAAGACAUUAGGAUUUUAUAAAUGUAUUUCAAGAUGGAGACCGAGCUCGCUGACUGUGCAAUUUGAUAUUAUGUUAAAUUGACGUUCGGGCUUCGAGAAGAAGAGCUAGACAACAGUUAGCGAUGCAUGAAACGCCUACAAAAGUGCGGAUAUUGGACGGUAUCGCUUGAAAUUCUGUUUUUGCGCUGUUCUGCCGCAAAAGCCUCUUUUCUACUGUAAAUCAUGGCAGCUGACUGCGAGGCCUGGCUGAACGCAAACCCCGUGGAGGAGGUUGGAGACCUGAGUGACUCUAUUGUAUCUGGGGAGGAAGACAAUGGCGGUUUCAUUAUCUCUAAUAAAAAUAUUAACAACGAGAUCAAUGGCAACUGGGUGGCCUCCUCUAGCAACAGCAUCCAUGAGGCACGUCUGAAGGCCAAGGCCAAGCGGAGGCUGAGGAAGAACUCCUCCAGGGACUCUGGCAGGGGGGACUCGCUCAGCGAUAAUGGAGAUGUGGUUAGGGGAACUUCAGUGGCACCCACAAGUCCCAAGAGCAAGCUGCUGGACAGAAAGUCCCGGCUCGGGAAGGGCAGAGGCCUCCCAAAGAAAGGUGGGGCUGGAGGAAAAGGUGUAUGGGGCAGAUCUGGUGAAGUUUAUGAACCAGAGGCAGUAGAUGAAAGAGACCCCAACUAUGAUGAAGAUCAGGAAAACUGUGUGUAUGAGACGGUGGUCCCCCCGUUGGAUGAAAGGGACUUCGAGAAGACGGUUACCCCCAUAGUGCAAGAGUAUUUUGAACAUGGAGACACAAAUGAAGUAGCGGAGCUGCUUGCAGAGCUGAACCUGGGGCCUAUGCGGAGCGUGGUGCCCUCACUGGCUGUGGCACUGGCCCUGGAGGCCAAAGCCAGCCACCGAGAGCUCACCUCCAGGCUGCUGGCUGACCUUUGUGGGCCUGUUUUGUCCCAUAGCGACAUGGAAAAGUCAUUUGACAAACUCCUCAGAGAGUUGCCCGAUUUGGUCCUAGACACACCUGGGGCUGCUCAGUUGGUGGGUCAAUUCAUUGCACGAGCUGUAAGUGACCAAAUAUUGUCCAAGACCUACAUCGAAGGCUACAAAGGAAAAGUUGACUGUGAAUAUGCAAGGGCGGCUCUAGACCGAGCAGCCGUGCUGCUGAAGAUGAGUAUGGGUGGGCUUCGCAUAGAUAGCCAGUGGGGGACAGGUGGAGGCCAGCAACCAGUCAUACAGCUCAUCAAAGAGAUGAACCUUCUUCUGAAGGAGUACAUCCUAUCUGGUGACAGCAAGGAGGCUGAGCGAUGCCUCAGGGAUCUUGAGGUUCCCCAUUUCCAUCACGAGUUUGUCUAUGAGGCGAUAGUGAUGGUGUUGGAGUCUAAUGGAGAGAAAACUUUCAAAAUGGUUCUGCAGCUACUCAAGUCACUCUCUGUGUCCUCCAUCAUUACUGUGGACCAAAUGAGAAGGGGCUAUCAAAGAGUUUACAUGGACAUCGCUGAAAUUAACAUCGAUGUCCCUCGUGCAUACUUUAUCCUGGAGCAGUUUGUUGACAAGAGCUUCGGCAUGGGAAUCAUUGAUGUAAAGUUGAGGGAUCUCUGUCCCUGUCGGGGCCGUAAGAGGUAUGUCAGCGAGGGAGACGGUGGUGUUGUCAAACUUGAAAGCUACUGAGAAGACUUUCUGUGUGCCAGAUUACCCCAAAAAACAUAAAGCUACUUUUUUACUUGCAUAUUUUUCAAAGUACCUGAAAAUGGUUUUUCUCCUUUCUAAUGGUCAAAAGAAGGUACAUUUCCAAAACUGAGGUGAGGGUAAUUUAAAAAAAAAAAUGCACUUGUGAUUGAAACUAAAGUAGAUCACUCUCUCCAAGGUGUUUCAAUAUAAACAUUUACAUAAGCUAGCUCUUAAAGUGCCACACCUCUCCGUGUCAGUCAUUCCAUAUUGUUUUGUACAGUAUUUUCUUGGUUUCACUGCCACUCCUUUUGUGUUUUCUAGAAAGCAGUGUUUGUAUCGACAUGACUGGUUUGUGUCAAGAGCUUUAUAAAAAUGUAUUAAAAAUAAAAUAAAAUAAAAGGGAGUUUGUUGGUUCAAUGCAAUACUGGCUUCCUAACUAGCUGCUGUUUCUAUGCUGUGCUAGGUUUUCAGUCUUUAAUCACACACAUCCGUGGCAUGAGUUCUGUGCAAAAAUGAAUACCGAUCAGGUAACUUCACAAAGUGGUGUGUUAAAAGUGUUUAUUUUUAUAUUUGGGGAAUAAGGAGUGUGAGAGACACACCCUGAUGCUCCUUGAUUGUUGAUUAAAUCACUAUGAAAUCA